GGUCGAAAAUAGCGACAAAAUAAAAAAAUUUUAUGCACCAUUUGAUUUAAUAACUCUCUUAAUCUCUCUUAUUUUUAUACUCUGUUCAUAGUGUUCAAUAUAAAUGUGUUGUAAUACUUGUCAUAACAAUUGCACGUGAAUUUUUUUUUUCUCUUUAUUUUUCAUUUUUCUUAUUUUAAUGUUUUCGGGUAAUUACUCAUUAUCGAUUAUAAAAUAAAAUGAUUCAAAUAAAGUAAAAGUAUUGAAAAAAAAAAACAAAAAGGAAAUUAUAAAAUAAAUAACAACAAAAAAAAAAAAUACGAAUUAAAAUUAUAACAUUAAAGAAAAAAAAAAAUAACAUUAUGGUUACAUGUAAAGUGGAUUCAGCUGUUGUUCCAAAAAUGGGACGUAAUCGUAAAACAUCAAGUACAUCAUCUGGUUUUCGAUUAUUAGAUAACGAUCAAUUGGAUAAUGUGUCAAGUGUUAGCCGUAAUUCAAUUUAUAAAAUCAAAAUUGAUGCAAUGUUUGAUGACACAAGGUCAAUAAAAAGCAGUCAUCAUCAUAAUCGAUUCGAUGAUCGUCGUGGUUCACAUCGAACUAGAUCAAUAAUAAUGUACGGUAAAAGUGAAUUAUCUGGAACAUCAUUGAUUACUGGUGAUAAUAUGAAAAAUGGAAAUAACAGUAGUAGUCAUAAUAAUAGUAAUGAUAAUCAUGAUGAUGAUAAUGAUGGAAUUAAUAAAAAUAUAAGUAGUCGUUCAUUGAAAAGACGAACAAAUCUUGUUAGAAAUAAUAGUACAUCAAGUGAUGUUAUAACAAUAAAUGGUGAAAGAGUUAAACAGGAUGUACAGCGUAUUAGUAAUAGUGUACAAGCACAAAUAGAACGUAUGUUUACAGAUGUUGCUAAAGAUGCUACAUGUAGUUUUGAUGUACGUUGUUUAGGUUCAUUGCCAUUAAAAGAUAAAGUUACUAGUUUACAAGGAUUACAGGAUCCUUUAAGGCAACUAUAUCUAAGUGAUGCAAUACAAGGGAAUCAACCGAAUGGUCAAUUAGAUAUUUGUGCAUCUGGUUUACGCUUUCGACAAGAUGAUGACAAAGAAUCAAAAAUGACACCAUUUCAUAAUAUCGCAGUAUGGUCGGCAGUAAAAUUUGUUGUAUCACAAGAAGAAGGUGGUGCUGCUUUUCUGCCUCUCAUAACUGAUCCAGAAAAUAUUGAUAAAUCAUCUUUAUUUCAACCACUUAGUGCUUCAGAUCAACGACGUUUAUCAUCCGGUUUACAUGCGCCAAUUUUUGCUGUUGUAAUGCGUUCCUCAGGUAUUCCUAAAUUAUUGGAAUGUCAUGCAUUCGUUUGUCAAACCCCAGAAGAUGCCAUAGUUAUUGCAGCAACCCUAUAUCAAAGUUUAAUGUCUCAUGUAAGUACGAAUUCACAUCGAAGUUCAAAAAAACGAACUCCUCGAAAUCAAAAUGGUGUUAGUUGUAUAAGCAUUGCUAGUAGUUCAGCUGCAAAUGGUUCAAAUUAUUUAUCAAGAAAUGGUAACGUCAGUUUAGCAAAUGUUGGUCGAAAAAAUUCUCUUCGAAGAUCUAAUCGUCUUCGUUCUAAUCAAAUGAACAGAACUGAAUCAAUUAAUUCGUUAGCAGGAUCAACAAGACAAUCACAAAAUAGAAAAAAACGUGCUGCUUCAAGUUCAUUAAGUGGUGAAAGUGAUAAUUUUCAGGGUGUUGUCGAAACUACAACUGAAGAACGAAAAAAAAAAUCACAUAAAACAAAAAGAGCUCCACCAAUACCGACUCCAGCUCGUAAUAAGCCAAUUAAUUUGUUGACGAAUAACACAAAUAAUAUAGACAAUAAAAAUUCUAUUGCAUUAAAUUCAGGAAAUUACACUGACGGUAUCGAUAGCAUUGUUGAUUUAAAUUCAUCCACAACAAAUUCAAAUGGUAAAAAAAAAGUUGAAUCUAAAAAAAAUAAAAAAUCUACUACGAAUUCUGAGCAACAUUAUCAUCGUAAUAGCGAAGGUGGUGAUAUUUUAACAAGAGUUGCAAUACCACGUUCUGGAAGUUUUUUAAACACAGGCGGUCUAACCCGAUACAAAUCACGUGCCACACGUAGAAAUUCUGGAAAAAAUGAUGUUUGGGGUGGUGGUGGAGGAUCACCACUUGGUUUCAAUGAACUUUUCAAUGAAUUUAGAUUACAAGAGAAUCUCCAUUCGUUGGAUGACAUAUUAAAUGCAAUCAUCGAUGCUGAUGGGAUGUCAUUUAAUGAUUUGAAACCAAUAUAUAAGGAAUUUUUAUUAAAGUUAGCUGUUACUCUAACAAAAGAUGAACUUUAUCAAAGAUCAAAAAAUAUAAUGAGAAGACAGAGAAAAAGAAAAUUAAAACGAAAAAAUAGUCAGAAAAAGAAAAAUUUUAGUAUUGGAAGUGGGAUUAGAAAUGUUUUUCGUUUUGGAAAAUUUCGUACAACUAAUAAAUCACUUAAGAGCACCGAUUUUUCUUCUAAAUCAACAACUAAUAAGACUGUUUCAAAGGAUUCAUCAAGAGUAAAAGAAAAUCCAUGUUGUAAAAUGGGAGCAACAAGUUCAUCAGAUGUUUCUGUUGCACGUCAUGAUAAUAAUAUUAAUGGAUUUCAUAGGAACAGUUCCAGUGGCUAUGUUUCAUGUUCCGAAUGCAGUUAUGAUUCUGAAGCAUGUACAUGUGAAUCAGCUGAUCGUUGCUAUUGUAGUUUGGGUGCUGAUAAUGAAUUAUUGGAUUCAUCGGAAUCGAAUCGUCAUCAAAAUGGUACAAUGAAAACUGUGAAUCGCCAUAAUACACAAUUUAAUGAAAAAUUACGAAGACGAUCACGUACACCUGGACCAAGAGAUUCAUUACUAUCAUGUAGAACCGAUGAUAAAUGUUAUUGUUCGAUGUUAGAUACAACUCCAGGAUACACAUCAGAUACAACUUAUUGUGAUACAGAUAGCUGUAAUAGUGCAAGUAAAUGUUAUUGUCCGCAUAAUGAAUUAAAACAAAAGCGCCGUCUUGAAUGCUGUAACAAUGAUGAUAGCCUAAUUGAAAUAACAAAAAAUAAUAAGAAAAGUACAAGACGUAAACCACCUGAAAAAUUUGGUCUUGAUUAUGAAUUAUUUCAAAUAGAUGAUGAUAAUAGUGAUGUUAAACAAAGAAAAAGUCGUAGCCGUAGUAUUGGUAGCAUUAAUCGAAGUAGUAGUUGCCAUGAAAGUUGUUGUGAAGUUGAAAUACGAAAACAAAAAUUGAAACAACAUGAAGCAUUAAGUAUGAAAAAAAGUGUUGAAGCUGCUGCUAUAUUCGCUGAUGUUAAAUUAAGUCAAACAACUGAUUUACAAAAGAAUAAAAAAUCAAGAGGACAAACUAAUAAAAUACAUCAGAAUCAACAGAAUACUCUAACGAGUAAUGGUAUUAGACAAAAUUUAUUAAGUGAACAAGUAAAUCGAAAUAACAAGAAAAAUUCUUUUGUCACAAAGAAGCAUGAUGAUUUAAAAAAUUGUGAAAGAUAUAAUCGAAGUAUUAGUAGCAGUUAUAAACCGAGUACUAAUAGCAUAAGUAGUCGUAAAGUUUCUUCUUCAAGUAGUCAUAGAAGUCAACAUCAUCAUCAGAGAUCAUCGUCAACUGAUAAUUUUUUAACAAAAUUGAAUGCAAUCGAAAAAUACAAUCAUAGAAGUACUUCGAAAAAUUCUGGUAAAGGUCGAACAAUAAAUGAGAGCUAUUAUCAAUCAAUGCGAAUUGUUAGUGCAUCCUUAGAAGAUUCACUUGGUUACUUGCCAUAAAUUUGUAAUUAAUUAAUAUUAAUUUAUUUUUAAUAAUUUUUUUUUUUAAUUUUUAGUAUUACAUAUGUAUGUAUUAAAAGAGUAAUUGUUAUUUUUAUUAAAUGCUUAUACGUAUGUAUGCUUAAAAAAAUUAAUAUGUUUAAAGUAAGAUUAAAUCUAAGAUAGUUGCAUACGCAAAUAUUCAUAAUUAAGUUGUUUUUUAAUGCUACUUAUUUUCACCUAUUUUCAAAUUUCGAAGCGUGCCGACUGUUUCUUAAGGUUCUUUAUAUACCUAAAUGCUUUUAAAAAUUGAUCACUAUUAAGAAUUGAAUAUCUUAAUAGCUACAGUAAUAAUUAAUGUUAAAUGGAAUUUUCGCAACAUUGAAUUUGCUUAUUUUACAAGUAAAAGUGGUUAUAUCACCAGUGCAUAAUAUAAGUAAAUAUUUGAGUUGAUUAAAAUUUAACUUUAAAUUUCUUAUUCAAAAGUUAAAAUCAUUGGUUUUACUAUCAUUAACUCGCACAGCCACUAAAUUUUGUAUUCAAGUACCUUCCUAACCGAUACAUAUUAUUUUUGUAUGAAAGUUGAAACAUAUUUAAAGAGAUUUUACAUAUUUUAUAACAAAAUCUAACGAGAAUAUUUGUCAACACAUUUUUGAAUACAACUAUUGUUGCCUGAACAAAGUAAAAGACAAGGCUUUCA